AUGGCGCGGGCGGAGCCGCGGGGAGAGAGGCUCGGCGGCGAGGAAGCCGAGCCCUGCCCUCAGCCGGAGCCCGACUGCAUCCUCUGCGCCGCUGCCCAUGGCAGCGCGCUGGUCGUGGGCACGCGCCGGGGCCUGGUGCUCGCGCUGCCCCCCGGCGCGGAGAGGCCUCGCGAGGUGCAGCGGCGCGGCGGCAGCGUGCUCGACGUCGCGGUGGACGCGGCGGGCGCCUUCGUGGCCAGCUGCUGCUCGGACUGCUCCGUGGCCGUGAGCCCGCUGCGGCCGCAGGGCGGCCGCGGGGAGCGCGCCUCAGGCGGCGGCGCGCCGGGCCGCGCCCCGGACAGCUGGACCUGCAGCUACCCGAGGCAGGUGCUCUCGGUGGCCAUCUGUCCCGACUACGCCUCGGGCGCCGCGGGUUCCAAGACGGUGUGCGUCGGGGGGGAGGAGUGCAAGCUCAUCCUGAGUCGCCGUGGCAUCUUCGACUCCAGGAGCGUGACGGUGCACGCGGGCGAGGGCGCGGUGUCCAUGGUGCGGUGGCGGGCCACGCUGAUAGCGUGGGUGAACGCCAAAGGCGUCAAGGUCGUGGACGUAGGGACGUUCCAGAAAGUAACCCACAUACCACAGCCACCUUCGGUAGAGCCUGCUGCCAGCGGUGGCACUUCAAGCUGCUGUGUCACGUGGUCUGCCGACGACGUCCUGCUGGUGGGGUGGGGCUCCGUCGUCAUGGUCGCGGUGGUGCGUCAGAAGGAGGGUGGGGUGCUUGCUGGCGUCCGCUUCGCGAGUGUUGCGCACUGUUUCCAGCUGUCGGAGGGCUUCCUGGCGCGGAGCGUGGCUGCCUUCGACGACAGUCACCUUGCGAUCCUCGCACAAGGGCCCCCAGGCUGUGGCACUGCACACCACGUGUACACUUGGGCUGGGGAUCUGAUGUGCAGCGAGCCCCUGCCACAGGAUGCGGAGGCGGAGGCGGCUGGCUCCAGUGCGCUGCUCUUGGCAUGCGCGGCCCACGAGCAUGCUACUUUUAUUGUCACGGCUGAGGAAUUGGUGUCCGUGGAGCGCCGCACUGUGGUUGACCAUGUCGACUGGCUCGUGGAACACGGCCGCUUUGAGGCUGCCGUUGCCCUGGCGGCAUCCGACGACGGCCUGGGCGACGACGACGCGGGGAAGCACCGCGUCUGCGCCACUUGCGUCGCCUCCCUGCUGGCGGGUGGCGAGCCCCUCCGUGCGACACGCGUCGUCGCCCAGCUCGGCAUCACCUCGGCGGAGACGUGGAAGCGGUGCGUCGAGCUCUUCGACGAGGCCGGGGAGCUGACCCGCCUCGUGCCCGUGAUCCCCGCGCCGCCGGGGGCACCGCCGCUGCCCUGCGAGGUCUACGACGCCGUGCUGCAGCGCCUCGUCGCCGUGGCUCCCGGCGGCCUGCUCGCGGCGCUCGACCGGUGGCCGAGCUCGGUCUACUCCGCCGGGCCGCUGUCUCGCGGCCUCCAGGAGGCGCUGCCGGAGCAGCCGGACACCCCCGAGCAGCGCCGGUUGGCAGAGGCGCUCGCCACGCUGCGGGAGGCGCAGGGGGAGAAGGCGGAGGCCGCGCGCCUGCUGGCCCAGAUCGGCAGCGAGCUGCUGUUCCCGUUCCUGGCGCGCCACCUCGACGGCGACGCAGCGCUGGGCGCGAGCGCGCGGGGGGGCUUCGGCCGGCUGUUCGACCUGAGCCCGGAGGAGGCCCUGGAGCUGUGCGUGGCGCGCGUCGCCGCGUUCCCGCCGAGCUCGAUCCUGGAGGCGCUGGAGCCCUGCGGUGGGUGGUGGCAGCACCGCUACCUCAACCUGCUCGCGCGCCGGGAGCCCGCGGCCGCGCAGCCAUUCUUGGCGCUGCGGCUGUCGCUGCUGGCGGAGCUGGAGCCCCACAGGCUCGGCCUGCUGCUCGAGGAGCGGCGCCGCCCCAGCGACGGCGGCGGCGUGGUGCCUGGCGGCGACGAGUGGCCGGUGGACGCCGAGGACGUUGGGGCAGACGAGGUCGAGGCCGGCGCGGAGCACCCGGGCCCCGAGGUGCUGGAGAUCUUCCUUGCGGCCUGCCGCCCCGACGGCGGCUUCGCGGGCGGCCCGGCGGUGAAGGCCCUGCUGCUGGAGCAGCAGGGCUGCUGGGGCGAGGCGCUCGCCGUGCAGCUGGAGGACCUCGGGGACGUCCACGGCGCGGUGCGGCUGGUGGCCGGCGCGCCGCAGCACCUGGCGGCGCAGCUGUGGGACGCGGUAUGCUCCGCCGCGCUCACGGACGCGCGCGCCUCGGCGCUGCUGCUGGCCAACCUCAGCGAGGCGAGCGACCCGCUGCUGCUGCCGCGCGCCACGCCGGCGCGGCUCGUGCGGGGCCUGCCGGCUGGGCUCGAGGUGCCGCGCGCGGCGCAGUGGGCGGCACGCGCGUUGGGCGACUCCGCCGCUGAGAGGGACCUCAACGCGAUGCUGCUGGGGCAGCUGAGGCAGCAGAUCGCGGACAUCAGCCACCGCAUCCGGGGCCGGCAGCGCCGUGGGAGGGCGGUGCGCCCGCCGCGCUCCAAUGCCGCGCCGGGGCCCGCCGAUGCCGCGUUGGCCGCGGCGGGCGCGGGGGCGAGCGCCGCUCCCGCCGCGCUGCUGCUGAGCCACGCGAUACCGUCGUUCCCUUGA